CGCGUGUUAGCGCUUGCCUGGAGCUCCAGCCUAAGCCGCUGGCACUCCACGAAGCCAGAGAGCAUCAAUCAGCCUUGCUUUCUCCGCCUGCCAUUGCACGCGACAAACCAACACCCAACAAGCCCGUCGACCUGUUAAUUUGCCCUUGCAGGCGUAUUUCAUUGCCAACUUCCCUUCAACACCUGCCCAUCAUGUCGAGAAGAUACGACUCCCGAACAACCAUUUUCUCGCCCGAUGGUCGUCUGUACCAAGUCGAAUACGCAUUAGAGGCCAUCUCCCACGCCGGGACGGCCAUUGGCAUUCUCGCCAAGGAUGGCAUCGUUCUCGCUGCGGAACGCAAGGUUACUUCGAAGCUGCUCGAGCAGGACACAUCGGCCGAGAAGCUCUACAUUCUGAACGACAACAUGAUCUGCGCCGUCGCUGGCAUGACCGCCGACGCUAAUAUUCUCAUCAACUACGCCCGGCAAGCCGCUCAACGGUACCUGCUUACGUACAACGAAGAUAUUCCCUGCGAGCAGCUGGUGCGCCGACUCUGCGAUCUCAAGCAAGGCUACACACAACACGGUGGUCUGCGUCCAUUCGGCGUCUCGUUCAUCUAUGCGGGGUGGGACCCGCAGCGCCAGUUCCAGCUGUACCUCAGCAACCCUUCAGGCAACUACGGCGGGUGGAAGGCAACCAGCUCCGGGGCCAACCACGCGAGUGCGCAGAGCUUGUUGAAGCAAGACUACAAGGAGGACUGCACAUUGGAGGAGGCUUGUGGGAUGGCGGUCAAGGUGCUGAGCAAGACGAUGGACUCGACCAAGCUCAGCAGCGAGAAAAUCGAAUUUGCGACGGUUGGGCAGACCAAGGACGGCAAGAUCUACCACAAGCUAUGGAGCGGAGAAGAGAUUACGGCGCUAUUGAAGAAGCACGAUUUGGCCAAAGACGAGACAACGGAGGAAAAGUAGGUCAAGAGACUAUAGACGGGGUAGGUGGAAUUAAGACUCCUUGCGAGCGCCGUGUGUACCAACCGAUCGAGGCCAAUGACGCCCGUGACCGAACUCCCAGCCAAGAACCCGUUCCAGUCGUUAGCCGAUGUGACCACUGAAAGAAAACCCGACGAAAUGAAUGGACCAUACACGCGAUCAAUCGAUCUG